CAUGCGUACAUAAAAAUAUAUACGUGCAUCAAAAAGUAUAUAUACACGUAAUAAGAUAUAAAUAUUAUACACGUAUAAUCUGUAACUAUAGAGGCACGGGGACCAAUAUAACGUAGUAGAUCGUCUCGCCUUGAUAUCCGUCUAUGAGCUAAGGCAAAUAGAUCCGAUGAAAGUAUGUGCCCGGCCGCGCGUUUUCGAAAAUGAUGAGUGCAUUGGUCGCGAAUCGCACGCAGCGCAACAGUUUCCCGCACGGUUGAUACACCGUUGAGAGAAAGGGAGUGAAAAGUGUGUCAUUCUUCGGAAGCAUCAACGUCGAAGAAUGUAAUUCGCUGAGAGUCACGGGGAAUAGAGAGCCAAGGAAGCGUGUGCCUUCCGCCCCGAAGUUUCCGCCGCGCGCUUGCAACACGCUCGCCGGAUAAAAACCCAGCCAGAGGGAGAAAAGCAAAAUGCCAGGGGGAACGUCGACGCGAGAAAGCAGCGAAGCGAUCCGCAUGGAACCUCUCGGCAGAACCUCCAGUUCCCGUAGUCCCGGGCAAAACGGAACCGCCAACACCACCGAGGUGCCGGCGAACUCAGGAGAUAGCAACACGGGAUUGCACAAACGUAGCAUUUAUGAGCACAAUGGGGUCGUGUGUUCGCAGAAAAGGGCUCUUUGCAUAGCUACCGUCGUUUUUGCGAUACUUUUCGCCAUAUCAUUCAUCAUUGCCUUCGCGGGACCACAAAAUGACUGCCCUUGCGCUGGAAAAAAGCCAGCUACCCUGGAAAUCGAGGACGAUGAAAAAAGCAGCGAGCCUCUUGCAACUAAUGGAGAGGUGUUCCCUUGGAAUAACGUGAGGCUACCAAAGUUUGCCCAUCCCACUAGAUACAACAUUACCAUCCAUCCAAACCUUACCACAUUAGAGGUAAAAGGACAGGUCACAAUCGAAUUCCAUGUCGAUAAAGAGACCAACUAUAUCGUCUUCCAUAGUAAAAAUUUGACAAUAAAUGAAAAGAUGGUUAAAGAUCGUAAAGGCAAUAAAUUAAAAAUCGCGAAGCUUCUGGAGUAUCCGAAACAUCAGCAGCUUUAUCUGGAGCUCGAGGAAAGCAAAUUUCGGAAAAGGGGAAACUAUACGGUGCACUUAAGGUUCACCUCGAAGCUGACGAGUGAACUCGAAGGGUUCUACCUUAGCAGCUACGUUACCCCGGAUGGAGAAAAGAGGUACUUGGCCACGACGCAUUUUGAACCGACGUACGCGCGUUCAGCGUUUCCAUGCUUUGACGAACCACAAUUCAAAGCCAAGUUUAAAGUAUCGAUAACCAGGGAUAGAUUUCACAUUGCGCUGUGCAAUAUGCCCGUGAUGAACACCGAAGAAGCGGGAUUUUAUAUGGGAACGGGACUUCUGCGCGACGAUUUCCAAGAAUCCGUCGAGAUGUCUACAUACCUGGUGGCAUUCGUGGUGUGCGACUUCAAACGAGUCUCGGAGCUGACGAAGAGAAACGUUUCUGUAAGCGUCUACGCAGCGGAGGCGAUGCUUCCACAAGCGCAAUAUGCUGUAAAUACCGCUGCUCGUACAAUUGAUUACUUUGAAUCUUUUUUCGGAGUAUAUUACCCAUUACCUAAGCAAGAUUUGAUAGCAAUUCCUGAUUUCGCCGCGGGUGCAAUGGAAAAUUGGGGCCUAAUCACGUACCGGGAGACAUCCAUACUAUACGACCCGCAGGAGACGUCAACGGGAGCCCAUGAAUGGGUCGCCGUGGUGGUAGCUCAUGAGCUGGCUCAUCAGUGGUUCGGUAAUCUCGUCACUAUGAAAUGGUGGAACGAUUUGUGGCUGAACGAAGGAGCGGCCAGCUUCUUCGAAUACAAAGGAGUAAAUCAUAUCUCACCGAAAUGGAGCAUGAUGGAUCAAUUUAUUUUGUACAAGACCCAACCGGCCCUCGAUCUCGAUGCCUUAACUAGCAGUCACCCCAUAAGCGUGCCAGUGAAAGAUCCGAACGAAAUCGAAGCUAUUUUCGACGACAUCAGCUACAGCAAAGGUGCUUCCAUUCUGAAUAUGCUGGAAGGCUUCCUCUGCGAAGAUGUUCUAAAAAGCGGGUUGAACGAUUAUUUGAACACCCACGCGUAUGGUAACGCAGACACGAAGGAUCUGUGGGCGGCUUUCACGAGGAACGCGAAUCACACCUUCGACGUGAAAGCUAUCAUGGACACAUGGACGCAACAGAUGGGUUUUCCAUUGAUCACGAUCACACGUGACGGGAAUACCAUCACGGCAAGCCAGAAACGAUUUCUGCUUUCACCGGCAGAAAACGAUACCGAAUUGUUGCAACCAAAAUCGCCCUUUGACUACAAGUGGUACGUCCCGUUGAGCUACUACACAGACAAAGAACCGCGCAAGCUUCACAACGUGUGGAUGAAUUUAACCGAUGUUACGUUCGACAUACCCGAGGACGUCGAGUACAUAAAAUGCAACGUGAAUCAAAGCGGAUUCUAUCGCGUUACUUAUCCGGAAGAAAUGUGGACGGCGAUCAUUGAUACUUUGCUGAACGAUCACACGAAAUUUAGUCCUGCUGAUCGGGCGAAUCUGAUCGACGACGCGUUCACUUUAUGCGAGGCGGGCGAAUUGAAUGCUACGAUACCGCUCGAAUUGUCGCUUUAUCUUCUGAAUGAGAGGGAAUACGUGCCAUGGGCUACCGCACUUGGGUAUUUACACUCUUGGAAAGGAAGGUUGAGCGAGAGUCCAGGCUACAAGAGAUACAUUACGUUUUUGAAGCAAUUGCUGACUCCGGUCACGAAAUACGUCGGCUGGGUCGACGAAGGAUCGCACUUGAAAAAAUUAUUGAGAAUUGCUGUCUUGCAAUCAGCUGUAACGUUGAAAUUAGAGGACGUUGUAAAACCAGCGAAAUCUCUCUUCAGGAACUGGAUGGUGGACGGUGAACGAAUCGCUCCAAACAUUCGAGAUGUUGUAUACGUAGCAGGGAUCAAAUUUGGUAAUGAAGAGGAAUGGAACUAUUGUUGGCAGAAUUAUCAAAAUACUCAAGUACCUAGCGAGAAAAGAAUAAUGUUGCAAGCAUUGGGUGCAACAACAGAUUCCUGGCUACUGCAACGUUACCUCCUACGUUCGUUAGACCGGGACGUUGUAAGGUCGCAGGACGUUGAAACUGUCAUAGCCUCGGUCGCUAGUAAUCAUGACGGUCAGUUUAUCGCGUGGCGACACAUUAAAGCACAUUGGCCGCAAAUACAUGCUUUAUUUGGCAACGGAUCGCUGACAAUGGGAGGACUGAUCUCCGUUGUCGUCUCCGAUUUCUUCACGGAGUACGAUUACUACGAAGUGUCGGAAUUCUUUAAAAGGGUGGACGUUGGCAGCGGGCAACGAGCACUGGAGCAAAGCCUAGAGAAAAUCAAGUUCAACAUACACUGGGUGAAAGAGAAUGCCGAUGUGGUCGACAGAUGGCUCAUAAACUAUAUGAACGUUCACACGAGUUAACCCCUUGCUCAUAGGGAAUGGAACAAAAAUGACGCAGAACUAUCAUUCAGUAAUUCCGUGACGAUCCUUACCUUUUUCGUGGUCAUCAUCGACGCAUGAUGGCGGGCGAUGCACCGAAACGAAAACGUAAGAUCUCUGUCGUCGUACACGAGGUAAUCGAAAUCAUUUAUUUACCACUUAGAUAUAAUUCGCAGAUCAAAAAUGACCCAUUUCCGUCAUGCGCGUCGAACGGUUACUUUCGGCGGACGAUCUCUGACAAUCCUUCGAUGAACGGAGAACUGUUCGAGAUGCACCGAUAAAAAGAAAACCAAAUAAAAACCAAAAAAAGAAAAAACGAAACGAAGAAAAAAUCGAAAAAAUAUAUUGUCCUAAGCGAAACGAAAACGAAAAAAAAAAGAAGAAGAAAGAAAUGAUUUAGCUGCGCGAAAACUCUCCCCGCUGGAAAGAAUCAUUCGACGCAUCGAAACAAAGCCGAAUUGUUUAUAUGUAACACAUUAUACACCGAUUUAUACGCA